AGUAUGUAGUUAUUGCAAACCUUAUUAAGUAGCUGUCCACGAAUCAGAUAUGCGGUUAGUUUAGAGAUGAAUGGGUCACAUUCCACGCCGCGAAAUCGGCAAAAUGGCCACGCCUCUUUCCGUGGCGCCAAAACUACAAGUUUCUCCCGUGGCGGCGUUAGUUUUGGAAAGUCAACCCCCAAAAUUCCGAACUCAGUUUCCAAACUCAUUGAGGGGGAGAAGCCGAUUAAUUUACAAAACCGACACUCGCUUGCAAUGCGAAUGUCGAACUCGGCAAUGAAUAAACGUCAAGAUAGCCAGGACAUAUCCAUAUUUGGAAGCAGCGACCAACAUCGGCUCGUGGACAAAUUAUGUCCCUGGAAAAACGGCAAACGGAAUCUUGACUCCUGUGGUUCGUAUUACGAAAUUGAUAGCACGCAGUGCUGUAAAGUAUGCACAGCUAAGAGUUUCGAGGAAACAUGCAGUGAAAAAGUUGGGAGUCUAGGUUACUGCAAUGUGCUUCAGCUUCCCUAUGAUUUCAGAGUCUGGACAUAUCAGGGUUCGGGAAGGUUCAUGCCUCCAUUUUUGAGGUACCUUAUUUUUUCAACCACUGCCAAAAGAUUCUUUUACCAUUCAAUUACACCUCGAGUAUUUACUAAUCGUCAUGUAAAUGCAUUUAUGUCUGCUAAGUUACAUGCAAUGCCUGGAGGUGGAAAUCCGUUGCAAGCCAAAGCCUCUGAUGAAUGUCUAGCAUCUGCUUUGAAAUUGGAGAAAACGGAGCAUUUAAACGAGCGACAGAAAACAGUUAAGUACUGGACCGCCCGGGUAAUGCAAGAGUAUAAACAGUUUGCAGCCUCGAUGACGGGACCUGUAGUGUUUCUGUUUGGCUGGCUUUUAAUGAAGUUCCUGAAUAAAGUUUACUAGAAAAUUAUUGUCACACAAGCUCACGUUGAACGGCUGAAAGAGAUAGAAAAUUUGAAUGCCAACCGAAAAGUGCCUAUAAUUUAUAUACCUCUACACAAAAGUCAUGUGGAUUACUUACUUAUAUCGAUGGUGCUGUGGCAGUAUGGUUUGAAAUGGCCUCAUAUCAUAGCAGGAAACAAUCUGAAGCUUCCUGGACUUGGGGGACUUCUGGCGCGCAUGGGAGCCAUAUUCAUUCACCGUAGUUCUUCAGUUUCAGUGCCUUUGAAAGCGCAGAGCGCCAGAAAGAGUUUCAUUCGGAGACUAUUGAGCCGAAGACGAAAUCGGAAUCCGAGUCAAGCCGAGCGUGAACAACCUGUCGAAGAUUCAGAUGCGCGUGUAAGAAGAGAAAGCAUCGCGAAGUAUAACUGCUACGUGACAGUACUGAAAGCAUACAUUGAAGAAAUGUUAAAACUGGGAUGGCCCCUGGAAGUGUUCAUCGAAGGUGGUCGGAGUCGUCUGGGAAAGCCGAUUGCGGACCCGAAAUUCGGGAUCAUUUCAACUAUCAUGGAAAGUUUAGACAGUAAUGUUCUGGACGACGUUUUGAUAGUACCAGUGGCAAUAUCUUACGAUAAAGUGAUGGAUAUCACGGGGUUCCAUAGAGAGUGGCAGGGACUCCCUAAACAGUCCGAGUCUUUUUGGGGCACAAUCAAAGGAGUGUUUAAACAGUUAAAUGUCCGUUAUGGAACUGUGAGAGUCACUUUUGGACAACCUUUCUCAACUCGUCAAAUGGUAGCUUCGUUGCUGUCUCGGGAACCAAAAAUGAAAAGUGAGUCAGUAUAUCUCGAGAACUCGAAAGAAUGUGCUAACGAAACAGGAGACGUAGUCCUAAGUGAAACAAAUACGAGUUUGUCUUCACAGCUGUCGAUUCCCGAUUUCAAGUCGGUUGAUUCGAGUCAUUACUUGCGCAAUCAGGGAAACAUGAGACCUACUCCUAAAGCUGUUGUUGCAAAACUAGCUGUGCAUUCGCUGUUUUUAGCACAGAAAUCUUGUUCAAUAAUGAGCACUCAUUUAGUUGCUUUCGUUUUGUUGAAUAGGCAUCGAAAAGGAACUUCAGUUGCAUUAUUGGUCCAGUCAAUAGCGUCUUUGAUGUUGGACAUUCAACGCGGUGUCUUGUACCGGUCGGUAUCUCUUGGCUUCACAGGAACUGCAGAACAAGUUCUACUUUACUUCAAUUACUUAUUUCCGAAUCUUAUCAGAGUUCCACCGGAAGUUGGUUCAUUAAAGAGUACCAACCGGGAAUUCUGGGAAACGAUUGCAAUAAAACCAAAAUUGUGCAAUUCAGAUAUUGUCUCUUGUUUUGAACUGAGUUACUUGAGCAAUCAUCUGUCUUGUCGUUUAGCAGGCGAAGCUAUAUUGUCGACCGCUUUGUUUUCAGAAGCAGGUGUAACAUACGAAACGGUGCUCUCAAAUAACGUCAAUGUUUUUGUGUCUCGAUCUAACGUUCUCGAAAAAUGUGCUGACCUGGUAAUGCUUUUAGAUACAGCCGAGUUUUUGAUCAUCCCGCCUUGCCAAGACUGUAAUGAUUUCUUUGAAGACCUCUUUUGUCAUUUUGAGUCUUGUAACUUGGUUCACAAGGAGAAAGAAGUCGACAGUCUGUUGUCGAAAAACGAACGCGAAAUGCAAGAACGAAUUGCGGCCGAGUACGAGUUUAAUGUCGAUAGUAGCGAUGGUGAAAGCGACUUUCUCUACUCAUCUGAGGACGAUUUUAUUGGAGAAAUUGUAGUGAGUUCAAAACAAACUACUAAGUCAACUAGUGUCUCGAAGACUCUUCAGAUUCAAAAAGAGGAUAGAAUUUAUAUCAACUUUGAAGAUGAGGAUUCAAAAGCGAAACUUCAAAUGUUCGCAACCAUCCUUGGACCAAUUAUGGAGUGUUAUUGGCUAGUCUCGAUGAAGUUGAACUCUCUCCUGCAUCAAGAUUUAGCCUAUGAUUUGUUUUUGAAGCAAUGUCACGCGCACCUGAAAGAAAGACUGAAUGAAAAUCUUGUCAAAUUUGAAGAAGCAGCUUGCUUUGAGUAUGUCAAAAACGCUCUAAAACUAUUUAUUUCAAUAUGUGUUUUGAGAACAUAUAUUGCGCCGAAUGCGCUGAACUAUGUAACUCUUGCUGAUCAUUAUAAAGAUUUUGAUCAAUUGUCGGAAUUUCAGAAUUUGUUUGUACAGUUCAAAUUAUAACCACUGCGGUUAAA